AUGGAUGGUUCUGAGAGACGAUUAACCGCGAGUAUGGCACGAGGGCUGGAGGGUCCGGAUCAAAAACAGCGCCCUGGUAUCUCAUUCCUGGACCUGCCGCGAGAACUUCGUGAGAUGAUAUACAGAUGUAUUCCUGACAACUCUGGCGCCUUCACAUAUGAUACACGCAUCAAACGACCAAAACCUCACUGGCCAGUACAAUCUGUAGGAAGUUGCCAAGAACAUGUCACCUUCGACCGCAGAUUCGGCAACCCUGGUGUCGCAUUUGGUACUGGAGAGCACUGCUUCGCCAUUCUCUCAACCUGCCGAGCCCUCUACUCAGAAGCCUUACCAGUAGUAUAUGCAGCAACACCAUUGGGGCUCUGGCGUCCUAUGUACGACUAUGGCGGUCUCAGCAAGUACCCGAAUUUCGUCGCCAAAGUAUUCGAUUCAUUGCCAGAACCUGCAACUCAAUACAUCAGAACCAUCCAACUCCAAGGCGAAUUAUGGCACAACAACAUGGCUCAGCUUCUUUCCAGAGCAAUCACAGAUUUGCCUUCAUUGAAAAUAUUGGACAUAGGUCUAGAUCCUUACUAUGAAACCAGUCAAAGAAAACACUGGUUCGACGACCGCAGAAUCCUGCGACAAUCAUGGCCCACCAUCGCGACUUUGUAUUCCGUAGCUCAACACCUCGACACCAUCAACAUCACCGUUUCACCUCCGGCAGAUAGGGUGCACGUCAUUUCUUUCAAUCAUCCAGACGGCAUCUGGCUUUCUGGAACCGCGUACGACGAGUUUGUGUGGUUGCAACUACAGCUUUCGGUACUUAUGGAUGAACUUACGAUUUAUGGUGCCCUGAUUAGUGGGAAUGCCAAAACUGGUAUGGAGUUUUUUAUGGAUAGAGUGAUGGAAAGACAGGAUUUGUUCGAGUUGGUUCAGGGGAGGAAGGUUGUUGAUCGAUGUAUUGCUGGAACUGCAAGGUUUAAACUUGAGGAACAGAAGAACUGGCUGAGAGAGAUUACAGGAAGAAUCUUUGAGAUUGAUGAGAAGCAGAGGAAGGUCACUGUGGUCUCGGACAGGGACGCAAAGAUGAGAUGGUGCAAGAUGACUUAUACGUCGUCUCCAAGGGGAUCGGCGAUUCCGCAGUGUGUGCAUAUAGGCGAUGAGAUGGCAGCCGCCCUUGCACAGCGUCUAGUGCUGCCGCAUGUAUCUCAAAGCACUUGA